ACUCUGGAAAUGCGACCGAUAUAGUAACACACCACAAUCCGAUAGACUUUCUUCCAUAUCAGAGAUUCAUCGUGGACUCCGACAAGAACACAGGACAGAAGACAACAAAAGAGCAUGUCCACUAGUGAAAUCGAAGUCAAUGAUGAUGACUUAUUUGUUCCCCGACAACCAUCCACCACCAUCACCGACACACCAUCCACCACCUAGUCAACUACUGUAUCCAGUCCGUGUCAUCAUGAAGCACUACUAUAUUUAUCCCAAGCCUCCGGGCCCCAGGAAAUCAAAACACGAUCAUCUCCGUGGAUUCUCCGACCGGCUCUUCCGUACGUGCUUUACUCGAAUGAUCUGCAGGGUGUGUGGAGGUUGUGGUUCACCUUCUCUUCUAUCCCGUCAUACCCUUAUGUCAAUGACAGUUCAUCAACUGCCUCCCCGAAUUCGCCUCCAGUCACUCACACACAUUCAUUCCCUCACCACAUCAUCGAGUUUUUCUUUCUUUCUUUCUUUCUUGCUUUCUUUCUUUCUUUCUUUCUUUCAACAUUUCACACUCGAACAAUACUUCCCCAGGGUAAGAUAGAUUCACACAACAGAGGAAGAGAUUCCUAAUUAUGGCAACACCCCCGGGGGUUCAUGGACCAGAACAAUAGAACCAUCAACUAACGAGAGAACACCAUCAACCAUCAACCUGGAACCAAAUCAU